CCCAGCUCAUUGUUAAAUCGGCUCCCACGUUUUGCAGGCUGCAGAAGCUCUGGAAAGAAGCUCUGGAAAGGGAAAGGGCAAGGGCAAGGGCAGAGAAGGCUCCGGCGGAGAGGAAAUGGCGAAGCCAUUUAGGAACCUCAACAGAGCAAAGCCUCAAAGUUAUGGCGUAGGAUUGCUUGUAGUUUUGAUUCUUGUCUCACUUACCUAUGUUACCAUGUCCGGGACUAACAAGAUGCGCAUCUCCAUGGCAAAUUCACAGCUUGUGCAAGUGGUAGAUGUCAACUACACCUCCAUUAAAUCCUAUCCCUCGACUGGAAAAGAAGCAGCAGAGAAGGAGAAGGUAGUGGUGCUUGAGAAGAAUUCGUCUGCUGUUCCUGAAGAGGUGUUCUUGCCCACUGGAAGAACAGGGGAUCGAGGCGUGCCGGCGGUGGAGAAGAAGCCGAUAUGCGAUCUGUCGAACAGGAAAUCCGACGUCUGCGAGGCAGCCGGCGACGUCAGAAUCGUGGGCAAGAACACCCGCAUGGUCUACGUGGCCCCACCUCCCGACGGUAACAGAGAGGGUGAGUCGUGGACGAUCAAGCCGUACGCCCGGAAGUGGGACGUGGGUUCCGGCGGCAGUGUUCGCGAGGUGACUCUGAGGCUGGUCAACGACUACGGCGAUGAGGCCCGUUGCGCGGUCAACUAUUCGAUCCCCGCUCUGGUGUUCGCGAUCGGCGGUUGGUCCGGUAUCAACUUCUUUCACGACUUUGGCGACGUCCUGGUGCCCCUUUUCCAGUCGGCCGCCCCAUUUUCCGGCGAGGUCCAGCUGCUGGUGGCCAACAACAAGCCUGGAUGGGUCCAAAAGUUCCGGCCGUACUUCGACAAGCUUUCCCGCUAUCCCGUGAUAGAGUUCGACGAGGACGACGCAGUUCGCUGCUUCCCCCGCGUCACGCUCGGACUCCGGUGCAGCAGCAUCGAGGACUUUCAGAUGGAGCCAGCCAAGUCGCCGCAGGGCUACUCCAUGGUCGACUUCGCCGAGUUCACGAGGAGCGCCUUCGGUCUCCCCAGAGAGCGCCCUACCCUGCUGCCGGAGCCACUGGUCGGCGGGGAACAGAGCACGGCGAAGGCGAAGGCGAGGCUGAUGUUGAUAGCGCGGGCAAAGACGCGGCGGUUCACGAACGUGGAGGAGAUCGUGAGGAUGGCGGAGGGGGCAGGAUUCGAGGUGGUGGUGACGGAGGCGAGCGACGACAUCGCCAAAUUCUCGCGCGUGGUGAACUCGUGCGACGUGCUGAUGGGCGUGCACGGGUCGGCGCUGACGAACAUGGUGUUCCUGCCGAGGGGCGGCGUGGUGAUCCAGGUGGUGCCGUGGGGGAAACUGGACUGGAUCGCCGGCCACUACUUCCGGGACCCGGCGAAGCAGAUGGAGGUGAAGUACCUGGAGUACAGCAUCAACGAGGAGGAGACGACGCUGUCAGAGCAGUACCCGAGAGAGCACGCGGUGUUCAAGGAUCCCAUGUCGGUGCACCACCAAGGGUGGGAUACCUUUUCCAGGAUAUUCUUGAAGGAGCAGAACGUGAGGCUCAACGUCACGAGGUUCCGGCCAUUCCUGGACCGCGCGCGCCUCUUCAUCAGCCAGCAACACACACAGGCUCAGGAUCUGGAUCUGGAUCAAAGGGGCGGUGGCUAAGGUCAACUACACACCUCCCUCAUUCAUUUCUUCUUCUUCGUCGUCUUCUUCUUUAUUGCAUUUAGUAUUCCGCCGCUCAGGAAACACCAGAAAUAGGGAAAUGAUGAAUGAGUUCAACAAGAAUAUAAUUGUUUCUUUAUUGCAUUGCUAA